AUGUCCGCCCCUGUACGACUGUUUGUCAUCGAUGUAGAACAGAUUGUUACCGCAAGUACAAGUCAAAAAAGGAUUAAAAGGUUUAAUUGUGGUAAAGAAUCCACAAACAGCUCAGGACUUUCUACACACCGAAGACAUCACAAAGGAGAGAAAACAUAUUCAUGUUCAGAAUGUGGGAAAUGUUUUAGACAAAAAUCUGAUCUUGUUAUACAUGAGAGAAGUCACACAGGGGAGAAACCAUAUUCGUGUUCAGAAUGUGGGAAAUGCUUUUCCCAGAAAGUAAAUCUUGUUAGACAUAAGAGAUGUCACACAGGAGAGAAGCCAUAUUCAUGUUCAGAAUGUGGGAAAUGUUUCACACGGAGAUCAAGUUUUGUUAGACAUUUGAGAUGUCACACAGGAGAGAAACCAUAUUCGUGUUCAGAAUGUGGGAAAUGCUUUACCCAGAAAGUAAAUCUUGUUAGACAUGAGAGAUGUCACAUAGGAGAGAAAGCAUAUACAUGUUCAGAAUGUGGGAAAUAUUUUACACAGAAAUCAUAUCUUGUUAUACAUGAGAGAAAUCACACAGGAGAAAAAGCAUGUACAUGUUCAGAAUGUGGGAAAUGUUUUAGACAAAAAUCAGAUCUUGUUAUACAUGAGAGAAUACAUACAGGAGAGAAACCAUAUUCGUGUUCAGAAUGUGGGAAAUGCUUUACCCAGAAAGUAAAUCUUGUUAGACAUAAGAGAUGCCACACAGGAGAGAAGCCAUAUUCAUGUUCAGAAUGUGGGAAAUGUUUCACACGAAGAUCAAGUUUUGUUAGACAUGAGAGAUGUCACACAGGAGAGAAAUCUUAUUCGUGUUCAGAAUGUGGGAAAUGCUUUACCCAGAAAGUAAAUCUUGUUAGACAUGAGAGAUGUCACAUAGGAGAGAAAGCAUAUACAUGUUCAGAAUGUGGGAAAUGUUUUAGACAAAAAUCCAAUCUUGUUACACAUGAUAGAUGUCACACUGGGGAAAAGCCGUAUUCAUGUUCAGAAUGUGGGAAACGUUUUUCAGAUAAAUCAAGUCUUCUAAAACAUAAGAGAAAUCACACAUGAGAGAAGCUACAUUCUGAA